AUGAACAAUUCGAUUUUAUUACCUUCUGAUGUAAAGGCGGAGGACCAUCAGCAGCAGGACCACCUUCGGCGCGAAAACAGUCCAGGACUGACUCCUGUUUGUCGCGAUUACCUCCGGGGUACGUGCUAUGGGCGUGUCAGAAUCGAAAUCGAUAUUUAUAAGUUGAAAUGAUUUGCGAUGCAUGAAACGAAUUUAUAUCAGUCGGCGCCCAGUAGUUUUCAAGUGAGGGCCAGUCUGCCUCACCUGCCAACUCUGCAAGACAGGUAUUCUGUGGGUUGCUUUUUAUGCAUUACAAGUUUUUCAACUUCGUCAAUUUCGAUCCUGACGCGGCUUUCAUACGUGCCUCCGAGGGGGGCGGUGCCGGUAUUACCACCCACAGGAGAAGGACAAAAGUAAGUACAAUAUGGACGGAAGCUAUCCACAGUAAAUUUCCCGUACACGGACAAAUGCAGUCACUGCAUGACAAAACUUGCCUUCAGUCCUAGUCUAGCAUGACAAGUUGGAUACUGCAAGUCAGCGAAAUUAUUUGUCAUGUAUUUUGUACAUGUACAGGAAAUUUACAUUGCAUAGAAGCCUGAAAAACCUCAACCAGGAGAGCGCAGUACUAGAGUUGCUGUCGCACGCCAACAGAACUCUGCCCGCGAACGAAGCAGGACAAGUUUCUAAUGCCGCGGCCCAAGGAGAGAUGGUAAACGGGGAAGGUCGAAAAAUGGACGUGCUAGUGAGCAAUACGACAUUUUUACCCUCUACUUCGACAGCUUCCGCAAAUGGUGGCUCUGCAGGACAGCUGCCCUCGUCCGCUUCAUCCUCGUCUGUUGCCAGCAGCAACAGGAACAGGGGAACGAUUUCGGGAAAUAAUCGCGACAGCGAAGAGGAGAUGAACCAACAACAAAUACAACCUGAGACUGACAACUCGAUGAAGAUCGACGGGGCAGAUGAACAUUAUCUCGGCACGACCACAAUGAUCGGCACUGCCAGUUGUAGUUCAUCCACCUCCGCUGCUGGCCGCAACAUCAAUCGACGGCCGCUUCGAAGGCUCUCUUCCGCUUUGAAGAAUCUAAACGAUGAUGGAGCGACUGCGAGUGGACGUGGGCCACGGGAUAAAAAUAACACCAGUGAUGUAGACCACGAGGACUCAUCUUCUCCUAUGGUCGUCUGCGAAGGUGAUGAUGAUGAAGAUCAUCUUGGAACGACUUCGUCUGGCAGGAAGGAUCAAAAUCAAGAUGAAAAUGGCCAACAAGAAGAGCCCCCUGCGUUAUUAACCAAUGAACUGUCAACCUCCACAUCUGAUGGCAACAAACCAUCGGCUUUGGUGGAGCAGCAGCAAGAAGAUCUGACCCGCACGACGGCCGCCAGUGGGGCGUCUGUUUUACCAGGAACAAGACCACCUGCAUUGACGACCCUUGCUUCCGUCGCCUCAGCCUCCGCUGCGGCAGGGGGCUCAACUGCUGGUGCUGCUGCUGAAGGUGGGCAAAAACCAAAGCACGGCGGCAUUUACAACAAUGUAGGCUUUGGCACCGCAGGCAGUGGCAGCUUUCGAUAUGGACAAGGCUCAACAUCUGCUGGAACAAGCAACAAUCUGUUCCAUGGCG